UCGUGCUAAGGUACAUCCACCAAACACCACUGGAAACGGGUCUCACUUUUGUACCGCUAAAAUCAGAGCCUGUCCCUUUCGGAGCCCCGUUUCAAAAUCAGGACUGAUACGGUUUUACUGUAGAUACUCUGCUAUAGUGGAAGGGAUAUCAUCGCCAAAGCUGACAAAGAAUUGUUCUCUUAUCAGCCCGAGCGGCGACUGUACACAUUCUUCUAUCUACAAGCAGGAGUGUAUGGGAUAAGAUAUGUGUAUUUCGACAGUACACAUGCAUAUACAGUGCUUGGAUUAUACAUUACUGCAUUGGUAGUGUAGCUUAUUAAUGGCACUGCAUGCGCCCCCGAAUUUCUCUCUGUGAUAUCCUAAGAAAUGACUUAAAACUACGGAAAAGAGGCGAUCUCUCUUCGAAUGUGCUGGUAUUGCUUUGUGUUUAUUGCAUAUAUUGGGAAUAGAGGAUUUCCAGCCGCCUAAAUGUUCUCAUUGGUCUCUCAAGUGGCACUCGACGCUCUCGUAAUCAAGAAAUGAUCUAAUCCGUGACUUUGCCCCGGGGAAUUUAGAUCGGUGGUAGGUUUUUAAAAUAUAAAAUACACAUUGAAGUUGUUGAAAUUCGGAUUUGACAAACUGCUCUUUCAAUCCGAUUUAAUCAAACGAUUGACAUAGUAAAAACAUCGUUAAGCCUUGUUGCAGAAUUGCGCAACAAGAGAAUUGCGUGAGAAUAAAGACGCUUUUCAAGGACCACUAGAACAACGGCUUGAAUAACCGUAGCUGUAACAUUGGCAAUAUUUUUGUUUAACACGGAAACUACACAUCAGAUUUUAAAAAUGGAGAUGGACGCAGCGGAUACGCAGAACACGAUGGAGGAGCGGCUUUACCUAAUCCAGCCAUCACAUCGCGAGAAUUCUCGUGAUCAUGAACCCGGCGACAUUGAUAUGCAAAUCUGCUGUUUCAAAGUCUCCCCCCGGGCUCACAACAUCAUCACCACUAUCGUCAGUGUCAUUUCCACCCUCUGUCUCUUCGUUUCGUACCCCAUGGUCGAUCAAUCCUUAACAGAAUGCGGAGGGGAUUCGUACUUCCUAGUGGCCCAUACAGUCUUAUGGUCCGCCGUGCUGAUGGUGCUUUACGUUCUUGUUGCCAAGUUGUAUGUUCAGCAUGCAGUGUCGAUCGUGCCAACGAUCUUGUCCUUCAGAAGGGUGGUUCUGGUUGCUUUCCUGGCAGCUACCGGAGGUCUCCUACUGAUGUAUGCCUGCGAGGCCAACCACCUGCCCAGAACUCUAAAGGGGGUGGUCGCCUUGGCCUUGAUUCCAAUGGUUUGGAUGUGCGGUUUGGCUGCAAAGUGGACUGGUCUUAAAGACCUCCAGUUGUCCCACCUGGCUGUCAUAGCAACGGGUACCGCCAGUCUCUUCCUCUCCCUCAUCCCGCAAAUAUUUGAUUUCGACUAUAAAGAAACCGGAUGGUCACACGUUCGUAAUACGGCAACACUAAUCACCUGGGCCGUGGUGAUGGGAUUGGCUCUGUUAGAGCUGUGCGUUGCGUUCACAUUCAUGGAGAAGGAGAUAAACAGGAUAGGGGUUCAUGUCAAGGUCCAUUUUGCAUGGAUGAUGUUCUUUCUUGCGAUAUUCGUAGUACUUUUCUUUUGGUCCAAUUUCGUGCCUUCUGUUGGGAAGACCUCCUCUUCAAGCGAAUUCUACGAUGACAUGAUCCGCAGUGCAAAAUGUUCGUACAGCCUUGGUCAUGAAUCAACCCUCUUUGGGACGUGGAUCGUCGUGGUCACCUUCCUCCUAUCGGGAUAUUUAUUCAGCUCCAUGAUGCAGUUCGGCCAAAGUGGUGCCACCUAUGGAGUAAUGGUGCAGUUAGUCGGUAUACCUUUAUAUGGUAUAUGGUGGGAAUUAUUCAAGUAUCCCCCGCUGACAUGGGAGCCAGAAUAUUCGUGGUCAAUUAUAUUUUAUGCUUUAGGCUUGUUAGGACAAUUAAUCGCCAUGGUUCUCUAUAGAGUGUAUGAUAAAGUUGAUGGCCCCAAUACAGCACCCAUGAGACUUCAGUAG